CAAAACAAUUUACCCGGAUCGCUCUCUAAUAUUUUGCGUCAGAGUUUAACAUGUGUGAGCCAUGGAUGAACUUAUAAUAUUAUGUUUCGAGAUGUGAACGUUCGCAAUGGCGUUCCACGUUCACCAAAUUAAAUAUGUAGACGCAGAGGCAGACUUGUUUAGUACACACACCGCAGGCGCCAUGAAAAGGCGCACGCUUCGCUGAUCGCUCGUUACUUACGAAUUAUAUACUUAAAACAUAGUUUUCAAUUAAUUCUAUAAAUAAUUAUAUGUGUAGACAUAAAUAUUCUAUAUUUAGUGAUUCAUAGUAAAGCUAAAAUGAAACUAGUCUUGUUUCUCGUGGCUUUCUUUCUGGUUUCCUGCGGCUGCGAACCUGAAGUUGUGUACUGCUGUAAACCGGAACAGAGUGUUUUGGCAGACUCAGAGAGUGAAAAUUUAUGUGUGGAUAUAAAAAAUAAUACUAUCAAGACGCCCGCGAAACUGGCGUGCGAGAACGUCACUCAUAUUUUAGAUGACUCUGAGUUAAACUAUACAAUCACUGAUGAUGGAAGGAUGAUCUUGUUAAUGGAUGAAUUAGAAAAACAUAUUGACACUGAUUUAUUUUGUAUUGCCAAUCGGACGUUAACCUAUCAUGAUCGAAUUUUAGUGUUCUGUGAAGAGGAGGAAGAAGAACAAAUUAUAGACGAAAGGAUCCUCGCAUACUGCAUGUAUGUGUCGGUCGUGUUUUUGACCCUGACUUUGAUAGUAUACUGUGCACUAGCUGAAAUGAGAGAUCUACAAGGGAAAAGUUUAAUAAACUUUUGUGGAAGUUUGGCGAUCGGACUCUGCAUUUUGGGCACCCUAAAAUUAAAUCUUGGGUAUUCAAAUCUAGGAUUAUGUGCUGCAAGAGGUUUCUUCACUUACUUCUUUUUAAUUGCAAGCUUCUUUUGGAUGAACGCGAUAUCAGUACAAAUUCUUCUAAGUAUAAGGCGUCCCAGUAGAUUCGACUACGGUUGGAAGGAAUUCCUCUGGUACGCUCUGUACGCUUGGGGAUGUCCAGCAACUAUAACAGUAUCUAUGGUUAUUGUCAAUUCUGUCCCAGGCUACCACCGAAAGCCUGGUAUAGGAUUGCAUACUUGCUGGUUUUUUAGUCCGCGACAUCAAUGGCAAUAUAUGUACAGCGUCAUGACAAUCUUGAUCCUUGCAAACAUCUGCAUAUUUUUUUACAUAUCGACUCACCUCUGUCGCCAUUCCUUCGCAUCCAGUCACAUAAAGGCACUUAAAUAUAAGUUCAUUAUGACAGUAAGGAUGUUCAUUAUAAUGGGAUUGCCGUGGGUAUUUGAAAUGAUCAGUUCAUUAUGCAGACCUCACGUUUUUUGGGUCAUAACAGACAUAUUCAAUACGUUACAAGGAAUAUUUAUAUUUCUUCUGCUCGUCGUGUUCCGAAAACGCGUGAUAAAAGCAAUGUUCAAGAGGGGUUGGCUGGACUGUAUUUCGGGAUUCAUCGAACGCCACCUGGCGGUCGGUGAUGAUGACGAAGAAGACGUGGUGCACCAAACCAUGGACGUCGGUCUUCAGGAAGAAUUUACAAAAUAGCUACUAAGCGUUACUACAUUUUUGGCCAAAAAUAAAUUCAAAUUGUAAUAUAGAUCGGUGAUAUACAUAUAAUUUACUAAGUAGGUACAUUACCAUUUACGAGCAGGAUUGGAAAAAGGAU